GUCUCCUGCGCGCUCCCCACCCUCUGUUCUCGCCGGGCAAAGCGUGGGGUGUUCACCGAGAUGUAUUCGGAUCACUUGAAGAUGGACGCGCAAGAUAUCAAGGAGGUGGCCAACCGCAUGCGGAGGGAGCUCGAGAUUGUAGAUCGCAAGUACCGUCUGCGGAAGUACCCGUCGUGCUUCGUCGGCAGCGACGCGGUGCAGUGGAUGAUAAAGUCGGGGCUGGCGUCGGACGUGGCGGGCGCAGAGGCUCUCGGCGACCUGCUCAUUGACCACGGAGUGUUCUUCCACGUAACACGGCGACACAUGUUCGAGAACCGCCGGCUGUUCUAUCGGUUCAUGCAUGACCGACUCGAGGAUUAAGAGAGGAGAGGACGAUCGGCCGUUUGUCCCGACCGGCUGUUUUAACGAUUCAUGCAUGAUCGACUCGAAGAUUGAGAGAGGAGACGACGGUCGGCCGUUGGUCCCGACCGGCUGGUUGACCAAAGCCUGGAAUCGGCAGGAACCCCACGCCCCCGCGCCCCACUAGACUUUGUUGGUCAACAAGCGAAUACCUGGUAUUCCGCUUUGUAUAUAGUGCGCGAGGAUGGAGGUAUUCUUCGCCAUCCUUGGUCGCAACAA